CAGCCGCUGGCCCGGCCUCCGCCCUCUCCCAGAGCGCGGAUUCAUCCCCGUAGCUCCCGCUGCCCCGUGCGCCCGCGGCCCGUGUCCCCAGCGCAGACAGCGGCCCCCGCCCCCGCCGUUCCCCGCCCGGGACUUCCCGCCCGCGGCCCGGCGCCCCCGCCCCCUGGCCUGCGGCCCGACCGGGCGCAGCGCGGAGGGCAGGCCCGAGGGCGGGGCCUGCGGGGCCUCCUCCGCUCCGCUGGGGGCUCGGGGCCGCGGGCGGCAGGCGGAUAAAAGGGCCCUAGGGUGCCCUGCAGGCCUGUGCCCUCUGCUCGCCUGGCCCAGCCCUCGGACUGUCAGCGCUCCAGCUGGUGCCGUGACCCCAGCUGCCCUUGAGGUCACCAUGAUGUGGUCCCCCUCAGCCGCAUUCUCCCUGUUCCUGCUGCUGCUGCUGCACCAGGCCCCUCCCAGCAGGUCACAGUCUCUGGGCACCACGAAGCUCAGGCUGGUGGGCCCCGGGAACAGGCCAGAGGAGGGCCGCCUAGAGGUGCUGUACCAGGGCCAGUGGGGCACCGUGUGUGAUGAUGACUUCGCUCUCCGGGAGGCCACGGUGGCCUGCCGCCAGCUGGGCUUUGAAGCUGCCUUGACCUGGGCCCACAGUGCCAAGUACGGCCAAGGGGAGGGACCUAUCUGGCUGGACAAUGUGCACUGUGCAGGCACGGAAAGCUCCCUGGACCAGUGUGGGUCUAAUGGCUGGGGUGUCAGUGACUGCAGCCACUCAGAAGAUGUGGGGGUCGUGUGCCACCCCCAGCGCCAGCGUGGCUACCCUUCUGAGAAGGUCUCCAAUGCCCUUGGGCCCCAGGGCCGGCGGCUGGAAGAAGUGCGGCUCAAACCCAUCCUUGCCAGCACCAGGCGGCAUAGCCCAGUGACUGAGGGAGCGGUGGAGGUAAAGUAUGAUGGCCACUGGCGGCAGGUGUGUGACCACGGCUGGACCAUGAACAACAGCAGAGUGGUGUGUGGGAUGUUGGGCUUCCCCAGCGAGCAGCCUGUCAACAGCCACUACUACAGGAAAGUCUGGAAUCUGAAGAUGAAGGAUCCCAAGUAUAGGCUCAAGAGCCUGACCAAUAAGAAUUCCUUCUGGAUUCACCGAGUCAACUGCCUGGGGACAGAGCCUCACAUGGCCAACUGCCAGGUGCAGGUGGCUCCAGCACGGGGCAAGCUGCAUCCAGCCUGUCCAGGUGGCAUACAUGCUGUGAUCAGCUGUGUGGCAGGGCCCCGCUUCCGCCCACCAAAGAUGAAGCCACAACGCAAGGAGUCCUGGGGAGAGCAGGAACCCAGGGUGCGCCUGCGCUCUGGGGCCCAGGUGGGCGAGGGCCGGGUGGAAGUGCUCAUGAACCGCCAGUGGGGCACAGUCUGUGACCAUAGGUGGAACCUCAUCUCCGCCAGCAUUGUGUGUCGUCAGCUUGGCUUUGGCUCUGCUCGAGAGGCCCUCUUUGGGGCCCAGCUGGGCCAAGGGCUAGGGCCCAUCCACCUGAGUGAGGUGCGCUGCAGGGGACAUGAGCGGACCCUCAAUGACUGCCUCACCUUGAAAGGACCCCAGAAUGGUUGUCAACAUGAGAAUGAUGCCGCUGUUAGGUGCAAUGUCCCUAACAUGGGCUUCCAGAAUCAGGUGCGCUUGGCUGGGGGGCGCAGCCCUGAAGAAGGCGUGGUGGAGGUGCAGGUGGAGGUGAAUGGGGGCCACCGCUGGGGGAGCGUGUGCAGUGACCACUGGGGGCUUACUGAAGCCAUGGUGGCCUGCCGACAGCUUGGCCUGGGUUUUGCCAACCACGCCAUCAAGGAAACCUGGUACUGGCAGGGGACGCCGGGGGCUGGAGAAGUGGUGAUGAGCGGGGUACGCUGCUCAGGCACAGAGCUGGCCCUGCAGCAGUGCCAAAGGCACGGGCCGGUGCACUGCUCUCAUGGCACCGGGCGCUCAGCUGGAGUCUCCUGCACGGACAGUGCUCCAGACCUAGUGAUGAAUGCCCAACUGGUACAGGAGACAGCCUACUUGGAAGACCGUCCACUCAGCCUACUGUACUGUGCCCAUGAAGAGAACUGCCUCUCCCAGUCUGCUGACCACAUGGACUGGCCCUAUGGACACCGGCGCCUACUGCGCUUCUCCACACAGAUUUACAACCUGGGUCGGGCCGACUUUCGUCCGAAGACCGGACGCCACAGCUGGAUUUGGCACCAGUGCCACAGGCACUACCACAGCAUUGAAGUCUUCACCCACUAUGACCUGCUUACUCUCAAUGGCUCCAAGGUGGCUGAGGGGCACAAGGCCAGCUUCUGUUUAGAGGACACGAAUUGCCCAACAGGACUGCAGCGGCGCUAUGCGUGUGCCAACUUUGGAGAACAGGGAGUGACCGUAGGCUGCUGGGACACCUACCGGCAUGACAUUGAUUGCCAAUGGGUGGAUAUCACAGAUGUGGGCCCUGGGGACUAUAUCUUCCAGGUGGUUGUGAACCCUAAAUAUGAGGUGGCAGAGUCAGAUUUCUCCAACAACAUGAUGCGUUGCCGCUGCAAGUACGACGGGCAGCGGGUCUGGCUACACAAUUGCCACACAGGAGAUUCGUACCCAGCUGAUGCAGAACACUCCCUGGAGCAGGAACAGCGUCUUAGGAACAACCUCAUCUGAAGCCACCACUGCACAUUCCCAGCUGCUGACCACACACCAGAUACCUCAGCUUUUUGGAGCCCUUCUCGGAGCCCUAAUUCAGAGGAAAAGGGCCACUGCCAAGGGGCAUCAAGAACCUGCUCAGGAAGCCUUUUGAUGGCAACAUCACCAAUCCAGAUAGUACUGCUCCCACAGGAUGGCUCUAGCCGGUCCCCUAAGAGCCUGUGGCCUAUGCAUCAUGGCCUCCAGGCUUGGCUCAGCUGAGCUCCUCUUCCAUAAGGAGACCCAAUCUUUCCUGGAUCUUGCUGCACAGUUCCUGGAUUCAGUCUAAGGAAAACAAAAUGAGCUCUCAUUCCUUAAGGAUGAACUUUGUUCCCCAUCUAAGUGAUGCCUUGCAAAUGUCUUGGAGGAGUAGAAUUCAGAGGACCAAGAUACAUUGGCAGGUGGGGUUAGCUGUCUGCUAGGAGCACAGACCAACAUAACUUGUGUCAAAGUCACAACUAGCAGAGAAGCUGGUGAAUUCUGUCCCUUGCUUCAUUGGUCUUCAUUUAGAACUCACUUCACACACACUGCUAAGAGUCCACUUUUCAGUGUCCUUACCUUAAUACUACCACACACCUGGGUAAUUCUGACUCCCCUGGAAGCUAAGGCCUCAGGCAUCCUUCCUGCCUGAUGAACCAACAUCACCAGUUAAUGAGUGCUUGAGAAGAGGCAAAUUUCACAGAAGUGGCCAGUGCUGUCCCACAGAGCAGCCAAGAGUAGGCCUUAGAAAGACUGUUGAGGUAAUAUGGACCCCACUCCCUGCCAAGAAAAAAAUGCAUGACAUUUACCUGGCAAGCAAUCCAGUCUCUCUCAGGAUCACCAUAAUCACAGGAUUGGCCUAAAUUUCAAGUCUCAGCAAGUGUCUGGAGGUAAUUUUGCAUUGAAUUAAAUUUUGCAUUGGAAAAAACAUCAGUCAAAUAAGCCACUCAUCUCUACAGAAAUACAUAAACAGGUCUGGUAGAAGAAGGACAGAAAACUAAAAAGACUCAAUUUUGUUAAGGGUGGAACCCGUGAGAGAGCACUAUCCCUGCUUGAUGUGGCUGUGAUAUGCUCUUGCUCAGGUAGUAUUGUCCCCUGGUCUUCUUGACAUGAUUCUUGAGCUUCUGUCCACUGAGACACACUUAAGAGAAAUCUUAAGUCUGAUAUCUUCAUGCCAAUAAAGGUUGCUCAUUACGGACUGCUACAAAGACAAGACCCUGUGCUUAUGUAUACUUGACCACUUCUUGCUCCCAUUUUGCUGGGAACUAGGGUGCACAGGGCAUGUAUACUAUUCAUGACAGCCCAAGUAUGUUUAUCUACUCAGAUUAUUGGCUGAUUGUCUCUUUUCCAAAGGUUUGAUGCUGAAAUGUAGCUUGAAAAGGUAAAGGCAAGAAAGUAAAAUCCAAGGAUUCUAAACUUGUAUAACUGAAACUACAAAGCCAAAAUAAGUGGGAGCAGACAGGGCAGAUUUACAACAGUACUCCCUUCCCCAUAUCACAAGAUUUAUUACCUCUCCUUAGGGAAUGAAAAUAGACAUGUUCAGGGGGUACCCUCUAUGAAUACAAAAAAGUAUUUUCUUCCUUUUCCCUGACAUUCUUCUCAACUCCCUCAUUCCCUUCAUUAGGCAGAGAGCAUGAUAUUUUGGCCUGGUAGAGUUUAAGUAAACAAGGGAAGGACUGAUUUCCUGUUGGAGCCAGCAAACAUCCCCCCAAACAGUAACAACAUUAUAUUCACACAUGCAGCUAAUGGUCUGUGAAAGAAUGUGCAGCUAGCAGGGGCGCGUGUGGUGACUGAUGACUAGAUUCAGGCAGGGAGGUUACCCACAGCUUCUUGCUGGAUCCAGUUUCCAAGAGAGCCAGAAAAAGCAGGCCAGGCAGACAGCCACUGGCUCUGGUCUCUGUCUUGCUGCCCACAUCCCAUGUUUGAUAGGUGCAGCAACUUCUAGUUCUUGGAAAAAGCUAUACAAGGGUUGUGUUGUUGUACCUCUAAGUUGAAAAGGCAGGACAUGGGAAGACUGGUGGUUGGCAUGACUUCUAACUAGAUGAGGAAUGUUAACAGAAUACCAAACAAAUUCCAGACAAAACCAAAAAUGUCAGAAGACUUUCACCUCAGCAUACUUUAGCCUUAGGGAAACUGAAGUGCUAAUAAUCUCAGCUAACUUGUCAGAAGGCUAACAUACCUUUAUUCUACAAAGACAUUCACUCUAUGUAUAUUUGAACUCAUGGGAAAUGCAACUUUCUAUUAUGAAUUCCAGGUGAUCUUGGGAUUUAGAUGUUCAGCACCUAAGAAACAACACAUAUGCAAAGCAGAGUGCAUUAGCUGUCUUUCUGAAUAACUAAGGAGCCAAUGGUGGCUACAGGGUGCUCUCUAGAUAACCUAGCUUAUAAAGACACAGAUUACAUGGGGCCAAGGAUUUGAUUCCUAUCUGGACAAGCUUGAUAUACUGUGCUAGGACAUGGCAGGACCCCCUACCUCUGCCUAGUAUGUAUCAAUCCCACUACUAGAAUAACUAAAAAGCAUUCCCUACUAAUGGUAGAAGCAGCAACACUUUGUGCUGACUGGAAAAAAAAAACAAAAAAACAAAACACCUUUCUUUGGGUCUGGUUGUAUGGAUUAAUCUGAAAGUUAAAGAAGGCUAUUUUUUAGCUCAAUAAAAAGAAUAGGCUACAGCAUUAAAAUGAGAACCAAAGUAACUUCUUAAAGUUAUGAGGAUUAUAAGAAAACUGGGUAAUAAACAUGGGGACUAUAUGUUGCCAUUAACAGUAUUCUUGGGCCAGGCAUGAUGGCUUGUGCCUAUAAUCCUAAUAGUCUGGGAGGCUGAGGCGGUUGGAUUGCUUGAGCUCAAGAGUUUGAGAACAGCCUGAGCAAGAGCAAGACCCCGCCUUUAAAAAUAGCCAGGCGUUGGGGCAGGCACCUGUAGUCCCAGCUACUUGGGAGGCUGAGGCAAGAGAAUCACUUGAGUCUAAGAGUUUGAGGUUGCUGUGAGCUUUGAUGCCACAGCAGUCAACUGAGGGUAACAGAGUGAGACUCUGUCUCAAAAAACCCCAAUGUUCUUAAGAUAUAAAAAGCAGUCAGAAAGGAGAAACAGCCUCACAAACAAAUAAGAGGAGCAUUCAUGUUCUCUUUUUACUGUCCAAGGUCAGUCUCGGCCUUGAAGAGUCAAAACAGAGCAAAGGUAUAGCUUAGAGGUAUGUCACUCAAAAUGAAGUAUGGCUGCAGUUCCCUGCAUUUCCUUUCAAAUGCAGCCAUCCUGUUCAAACAACCCUGCCUAUCUUAGAGAAAUCUGUUCCAUAAAGACAGAGAAUACAAGUCCUGCAGCUAUAAGCAAAGAGAGGGACAGUCAACAAAGCCCUAGUGGAGAGCAGGUCAAGAGAACACCUUAUUUAAUCCCCAAACAUGGCAUGGAGUCACUGAACAUGAACACGCUGAACUGACCAAGUAUGAGAAAAGCAAUGCUGAGGAACUCUAAGACCCUAAGAGCAGGAGAGAGAGUUGAGUCAGUAGACCCAAGACCAUUGUCAUUUAAGAAACAUUUGAACAGGGCGGCGCCUGUAGCUC